GCUCUAACAGAAUACUCUUACUUGUUUGUUUCCAGUCACGAUGGGACGUGUUAUCAGGGGACAGAGAAAAGGUGCCGGUUCCGUCUUCAAAGCCCACGUGAAGCACAGAAAAGGUGCAGCUAAACUCAGACACAUUGACUUCGCAGAACGUCAUGGUUACAUCAAGGGAAUCGUGAAGGACAUUAUCCAUGACCCUGGCCGUGGUGCUCCCCUGGCCAAGGUGGCUUUCCGUGACCCCUACCGGUUCAAGAAGAGGACGGAGCUGUUCAUUGCUGCUGAGGGCAUCCACACCGGACAGUUCAUCUACUGUGGCAAGAAGGCUCAGCUGAACAUUGGUAAUGUCCUGCCCGUGGGCACCAUGCCUGAGGGAACCAUCAUCUGCUGCCUGGAGGAGAAGCCUGGCGACAGGGGCAAGCUGGCCAGGGCGUCCGGGAACUACGCCACAGUCAUCUCCCACAACCCAGAGACCAAGAAGUCCAGAGUCAAGCUUCCCUCUGGCUCCAAGAAGGUCAUUGCAUCCGCAAACAGAGCUGUCGUUGGUGUGGUUGCCGGAGGUGGACGUAUUGACAAGCCCAUCCUGAAGGCCGGUCGUGCCUACCACAAGUACAAGGCCAAGAGGAACUCCUGGCCACGUGUUCGUGGUGUGGCCAUGAACCCCGUUGAACAUCCCUUCGGUGGUGGUAACCACCAGCAUAUAGGCAAACCCUCAACUAUAAGGAGGGAUGCACCCGCUGGUCGCAAGGUCGGUCUCAUUGCUGCACGUCGUACAGGCAGACUGCGUGGAACAAAGACCGUCACGGAGAAGGAGAACUAACUCCCUUUACAAUAAAAUAUGUUCCAAGGAA